AUGUGGAGUCAGAGGCUGGUUAGAUUGGCAUUGCUGCACCUUUGGGCUAUCUAUGGCAUUAAGGUCAAGAGUGGCCAUGGGCAGUGUGAUGGCAGGAAGCAUGAAUCAGCAGCCAUGGAAAUGGGGGUAAGAUAUUGGGGACCUUCUAACGCAUUGCCCAGUACUGUUGUAUCAGAAUACAAACAGAUUCCAAGCUUUCUUGUGGAGGCUUGCACAUCUUUAGAAGAGCACAUUCAGACCAAAGGGCUUUUUAGGAAAUCAGGAUCUGUUACUGGCCUAAAGACGCUGAAGAAUAAACUGGACAAUGGGGAAGGUGGCCUGUCCUCUGCACUUCCUUGUGAUACUGCAGGACUUCUGAAGCGGUUCUUUAGGGAACUGGUAGGGCACAUGCUGCCAGCUUGCUUGCAUGAAGAAGCUCUUUUAAAAACUCAACAAGAAUCACAGGAGAAGACCACAGCUCUGUCCUUAUUUUGUUGCUGUAUGGCUGAUGGUGCAGUUGAUAUAUUAAGAUGUUUUUUAAGUCUCAGGAAUGUAUCUCUUAGGUCCAGUAAGAGUAGUGAAAGCAGAAAUCCUGCAGUAAUAUUUACACCAAAUCUUCUUCAGACAAGUGAAGGACAUGAAAAGAUGUCUGCUAACACAGAAGAAAAGCUGCGAUCUCAGGCAGCAAAACAGACUCUUCCGAAUUAUACCUCAGAUAUUGAAUAUAUACCAGAUUUUUAUCUCGAAAAGACACCAACUAUCAUGGGUACUGAUGGUCUCUGUACUAUUCCAUCAUUGGCAGGCUCUGAAGAAGGUGAACAUGAAACUCCCAGUGAGUACAAAAAAAAAAAAAAAAGCCGGAUCCGGCUACCUGGCCCCGCGCCAGCGGCCCCGGCGACCCCACCAGCCCCUCCCCCAGGUCCAGACAAUGACCAGGGAUCGUCUUCCCCCGGUGGAGGCUCUAGCUCCUGGGAGCUGAGCUGUGGGGAGCCACGCAUCUGCCCCAUCUCCGCUAGAGACCAACCCGCAGCCAGCGGCGGGCCCGGCGCCGACCCGCGGGAGAUGCUGGCGGAACCCACAGGUCCUCCGGGCGGUGUGCGUGGUGACCCACGGGGGCUCGCCCGGAGCUCGAAGCGAAGGACUCGGUCGCCCAAGUUCUGA